UCUGAGAUUCUAUAGUUUACUUAAACGAUGAUGCCUAAGAAAUAUGAAGGGCAUGCCGUGGGAAUAGACCUUGGCACAGCUUAUUCUUGUGUUGCAGUGUGGCAUGAUGUACACGCUAGAGUUGAGAUUAUUCACAAUGACCAAGGCAACAGAACCACACCUUCUUGUGUUGCUUUCACUCACAAACAAAGAUUGAUUGGUGAAGCAGCUAAGGAUCAAGCUGCUACAAACCCACAAAACACUAUCUUUGAUGCUAAGAGGUUAAUAGGUAGGAAAUUCAGUGAUGAUGUUGUUCAAAAAGACAUCAACAUGUGGCCAUUCAAAGUCGUUGCUGAUGCAAACAACAAACCCAUGGUAGUUGUUGAUUACAAGGGUCAGGAGAAGCACCUCUGUGCUGAGGAAAUUUCAUCAAUGGUCCUCACAAAGAUGCGUCAGAUUGCAGAAGCAUAUUUGGAAUCACCGGUUAAGAAUGCAGUCAUUACUGUGCCAGCUUAUUUCAAUGAUUCUCAACGAAAAUCCACCAUUGAUGCUGGUGCCAUUGCUGGCCUUGAUGUUAUGCGGAUAAUUGCCGAGCCUACUGCUGCUGCUAUUGCAUAUGGCCUUGACAAGAAAACUGCUUGUGUGGGAGAACGCAAUAUUUUUGUAUUUGACCUUGGUGGUGGAACUUUUGACGUGUCUCUUGUAACAAUCAAGGAUAAGGUCUUCCAAGUUAAGGCUACCGCUGGAAACUCCCACCUUGGUGGUGAGGACUUUGAUAAUAGAAUGGUGAACUACUUUUUAGAGGAGUUCAAUAGGAAGAACAAAGUGGACAUUAGUAGAAACCCAAGAGCCUUAAGGAGGUUGAGAUCUAAAUGCGAGAGGGCGAAAAAGUUACUCUCUUUUUCUUUUGACACCACUAUUGAGGUAGAUGCAUUAUUUGAGGGCAUCGACUUCUUUUCAUCAAUUUCUCGUGCUAAGUUUGAGGAAAUCAAUAUGGACCUUUUUAAUGAAUGUAUGGAGACAGUUGAGAGUUGUCUUACUGACUCUAAGAUGGACAAGAGUUGUAUAGAUGAUGUUGUCCUUGUUGGUGGCUCUUCUAGGAUUCCCAAACUGCAGCAGUUAUUAGGGGACUUUUUCAAUGGAAAGGAUUUGUGCAAUAGCAUCAAUCCUGAUGAGGCUGUUGCUUUUGGUGCAGCUGUGCAGGCUGCGUUGCUAAGUGAUGGCAUUAAGAAUGUUCCAAGUUUGGUAUUGAUCGAUGUUACACCAUUGUCUUUAGGUUUUAGAAAGCCUCAUGAUAGAAUGAGAGUAGUGAUUCCUAAGAAUACUAUUAUACCUGUCAAGAAGGCAAUAAUGUGUAAAACGGUUAUAGAUAACCAAACUUUAGUUAUGGUAGGGGUUUAUGAGGGUGAGAGAACGAGAGCUAGUGACAACAAUGUUCUUGGUUCUUUUACACUGUCUGGGAUUCCAACUGCCCCACGUGGCCAUCCUAUAAGUGUAAACUUUUCUAUUGAUGAGAACGGUAUUUUGGCAGUUUGUGCUAAGGAAGCAUCCACGGGCAUCAUGAAUGAGAUUGUGAUAACAGAUUAUAAAGAGAGGUUAUCUGCAGAAGAAAUUCAAAAAUUGAUUCGAGAAGCUGAUAUUUAUAGUGCUGAAGAUAAGAAAUUCCAAGAAAUGGCCGAAGCUAAAAGUAAAUUGGAAAACUGUGUUUACAAACUUGAAACCGUUUUAAAGAAGCAGGAGGUUAAAUUGAAGCUCUCAAAACUGAAGAACAUACAAAUCAAUGCUGCAAUCAAAAGGGCCAAAAUAUUGCUCGAUGACAAUCACAUGCACGAAAUAGAUGUUCUUAAGAAUCAUAUGAACAAGCUAGAUAGUAUGUAUCUUGACAUUAUACUAUAGCCUAGAUUUGUUAGGGUUUUUUCUCCAUUAAGAUUAUAAGUUUUUUUUCUUCUGUUUUCUACACAAUGAAGGUAAAACCUUUACAUUGAUCUGUUAAUGAAUUGUAGCCCCAAGUCUACACAACGAA